AUGGCCCAGUUUGUGACCCACAUCCAGCCCACUCUGAUGGAGGCGUCCCAAGGUCAUGUGCCCCACCACCACGGACAUCAGGUGGGUGUGCAGCACUCGUCGCAUCUGCCCCACUCUGGUCACAACAUGCCCUCGCCGCCCACCCACAAUCACCACCACAGUGGCCAUGGACAUGGUCACCAGCACCACUCCAGUGGUGGUCAUCACGGGGGAGCUGGUGGCCAUUCGCAAACGACGCAAAAGCAGUCGCAUCACACCACCAGCGGCCACGCCCCCAAGGCGCAGCACCACAGUCCGCCCUCGAGGAUCCAUUCUCCGCCGGCGGAGCACCACCCGGAUCAUGUGGGCCACUACGAGUACUUCCAGCACCAGCAUGAGCAGAUCUUCCACCACGAGGGAGCCAAUGGUGGUACCAACCAGAAGCAGCAGGGCCACCACCAUCCCAACAAGCACGAGCACUGCCCCACAGGACACCAGAGUGCGGGCGAUGGAAACACUUCCUUCCUGCGUGCAGCUCGCGCCGGAAAUCUGGAGCGAGUGCUCGAGCAUUUGAAGAACAAUAUUGACAUUAACACUAGCAAUGCGAACGGCCUAAAUGCCCUCCACUUGGCCUCCAAGGAUGGCCACAUUCACGUGGUCUCGGAACUGCUGCGACGUGGGGCGAUUGUGGACAGUGCCACCAAGAAGGGCAACACCGCUCUCCACAUCGCCUCGCUGGCUGGACAGGAGGAGGUGGUGAAGCUGCUGCUGGAGCACAAUGCCUCCGUAAAUGUGCAGUCCCAGAAUGGAUUCACUCCCCUCUACAUGGCCGCUCAGGAAAACCACGAUGCGGUUGUGCGUCUACUUUUGUCCAAUGGCGCCAACCAGAGUCUGGCCACCGAGGAUGGAUUCACCCCGCUGGCUGUGGCCAUGCAGCAGGGGCACGACAAGGUGGUGGCCGUGCUCCUCGAGAGCGACACCCGCGGAAAAGUCAGGCUUCCAGCGCUGCACAUUGCGGCCAAAAAGGACGACGUCAAGGCUGCCACUUUGCUCCUGGAUAAUGACCACAAUCCGGACGUGACUUCCAAGUCGGGCUUCACCCCGCUGCACAUCGCAUCGCAUUAUGGCAACCAGAACAUCGCCAACCUGCUCAUCCAGAAGGGCGCCGAUGUCAACUACUCGGCUAAGCACAACAUCAGUCCACUGCACGUGGCCGCCAAGUGGGGCAAGACCAAUAUGGUGUCCCUGCUCCUGGAGAAAGGCGGUAACAUCGAGGCAAAGACCCGGGAUGGACUCACCCCGCUCCAUUGUGCCGCUCGUUCGGGACACGAGCAAGUGGUGGACAUGCUGCUCGAACGGGGAGCUCCCAUCAGCGCCAAGACCAAAAACGGAUUGGCACCCCUCCAUAUGGCCGCCCAGGGUGAGCAUGUGGACGCCGCCCGCAUCCUGUUGUACCAUCGUGCUCCCGUCGACGAGGUAACCGUGGAUUACCUGACCGCCCUUCAUGUGGCUGCCCACUGCGGUCACGUGAGGGUGGCCAAGCUUCUCCUGGAUCGAAAUGCAGACGCAAAUGCAAGGGCCUUGAAUGGAUUCACUCCACUGCACAUUGCCUGCAAGAAGAACCGCUUGAAGGUGGUGGAGCUGCUGCUGCGGCAUGGGGCCAGUAUAAGUGCCACCACGGAGAGUGGACUCACUCCGCUGCAUGUGGCCGCCUUCAUGGGCUGCAUGAACAUCGUCAUCUAUCUACUGCAGCACGAUGCCAGUCCGGAUGUGCCCACUGUGCGCGGCGAGACGCCACUCCAUCUGGCCGCCAGGGCCAACCAGACCGACAUCAUUCGCAUCCUGCUGCGCAAUGGCGCCCAGGUGGAUGCUCGUGCCCGGGAGCAGCAGACGCCGCUGCACAUCGCCUCGCGGCUGGGAAACGUGGACAUCGUGAUGCUAUUGCUGCAACAUGGAGCCCAGGUGGAUGCCACCACGAAGGACAUGUACACGGCACUUCAUAUUGCCGCCAAGGAGGGCCAGGAUGAGGUAAAAGACCUGAUUGCGAAAAAGAUCACCGACCACAUCGACACCGUGGCCGCUGUGCUAAUUGAUAACGGUGCCGCCUUGGAUGCCGCCACCAAGAAGGGAUUCACCCCUCUGCAUUUGACGGCCAAAUAUGGACACAUCAAGGUGGCCCAGUUGCUGCUCCAGAAGGAGGCGGACGUGGAUGCGCAGGGCAAGAAUGGGGUAACCCCCUUGCAUGUGGCAUGCCACUAUAACAACCAGCAGGUGGCACUGUUGCUCCUGGAAAAGGGAGCCAGUCCACAUGCCACGGCCAAGAAUGGACACACACCCCUUCAUAUUGCAGCAAGGAAGAACCAGAUGGAUAUAGCCACCACCCUGUUGGAAUAUGGCGCUUUGGCCAAUGCCGAGAGCAAGGCCGGAUUCACGCCACUCCAUUUGAGCAGCCAGGAGGGCCAUGCCGAGAUCUCCAAUCUGCUCAUCGAGCACAAGGCCGCCGUCAAUCAUCCGGCCAAGAAUGGUUUGACACCCAUGCACCUGUGUGCCCAGGAGGACAAUGUGAACGUGGCCGAGAUCCUGGAGAAGAAUGGCGCCAACAUCGACAUGGCCACCAAGGCGGGCUACACUCCCUUGCAUGUGGCCUCGCACUUCGGCCAGGCGAACAUGGUGCGCUUCUUGCUGCAGAAUGGAGCCAACGUGGAUGCAGCCACCUCGAUUGGGUAUACACCACUCCAUCAGACCGCCCAGCAGGGUCAUUGCCACAUUGUGAAUCUCCUGCUGGAGCACAAGGCCAAUGCCAAUGCCCAGACGGUCAAUGGACAGACGCCUUUGCACAUUGCCCGCAAACUGGGCUACAUCAGUGUCCUGGACUCGCUGAAAACCAUCACCAAGGAGGACGAGGCUGCGGCUGCUCCUGCCCAAGCCGAGGAGAAGUAUCGCGUGGUGGCGCCAGAGGCCAUGCACGAGUCCUUCAUGUCCGACUCCGAGGAAGAGGGCGGUGACACUAACUGGCAACUGGACGCUGGCUACGAGUUCGGCAUUGGCCCGGUCUAUCUGCCGUACUACCAGGGCGACAAACUCUGUGUCUCCAUGCUGGCCGUUAUCAAGUGCACAAAUUGGCUGUGA